GCAGGCUAAGGGGGAAAGCGGAAAACUUAGUUUACGUGUUUUACGCGGGUCUGCCCCCAUCGUACUAUUCGUAUCGACCUGGGAAGAGAAGGGCAGCAGAUCGCCCGCCGCCGCCGCGAAUUCGAUCGGAGGAUGGUCAAGGCGGUGGUCGGCGACGAGCCGCACCUCAAGGCCUUCGAGGAGACCCUCUCCUCGUCCUCUCCGCAAGCUCAGGUGGGUCUCGUCGUCGGAAAGCUCAGCGCCUCCUCUGACCGCGCCCUCGUCUACUCCCUCCUCCCCACGCCGCCCACCGACGCCGGAGCCCCACCUUGCUCCCUCCGCGCCUCCUCCUCCUCCUCCUCGGGCGCCAAGCCCAAGACCUCCAAGGGCCCCUCGGCCUCCGCGCCCUCUCUCGAGUUCGAUGUCGACUGGAUCGCCGAGCACGCGCGACAGGUGUCGAGGAUGCUGCUCGGAGGAAUGAGUGUCAUAGGUAUUUACAUAUGGGCUUCUGAGGCCUCCUUCAAGGCGACAUCCCCUGCUGUUUUAUCUCAGGUUAUUAGAGUGGUUUCUCAUGCUUGGUAUGGCAGUGGCUUUGAUGAGAGGCUGCUCAUUCAUAUUUCUUACAGUCCACGGAGAUGGGCCUGUCGUAUAUGCGAGGUUGCAUCAGGAAGUCUGCGGCCUUGUGAUUUCAAAUACAGCAAGCUAUUAGCUUCUCUUCAAACUUUCAGAUGCACAUAUAAUUUUGAGAUAAGAUUGACAGUUGUUCAAGCUGAGCCUUUUAAGACAGUUAUCUUGAAGGCUAUCAAUCAUCUCACCGAGGAAGUGCAGAAUGCCAAAUCUUUAAUUGAUGGAGAUCUGUUUUCAGAGGUCAUAAACAUCAGUACAGAGGGCCUACACCAAGUUGAUUUUCUUGUACCAUUCAAGAAUGAUGUGCCUGUUGAAGAAUGCAGUUUAGAGGGAGUUGCUGGGCUCCUUCGCUUUGCUGGAUCUGUCAGUGCCUUGGCAUACUUAGGUCCAAAAGAAUCUAUUGCAGAAGCUAUAUCUGAUCUGAAGGCGGACAUCAUUACAAGUUUAAGAAGCAGAUUGGAUAUCAUCCUUGAUGAGGCAGAUGAUGACUCUACCACUAACGAUUUGGAGAGUUCACCAUCUCAGGAGGCCACUCAAGUUAUAUUUCAUGAGUUGAGGGAACCUUACAGUUUCUCGUUCCCAACAAGAGUUCUGAUACCUUGGUUGGCUGGCUCCUAUGUUUGUGAUUACUUGCAACAGUCAGAGACAACAGAGGAUGCAAUGGAGCGUUGCAAGGAAGUGAUAUCACUGGAAACAGAUGUAGAUAAGUCUUCAAUCAUCGAGCCAGAGAGUGUAGCGGUUUCUGCCACGCUAGAAUCUUUCUGGGAUGUGGUGACUGGAGCCUCGUCGCGUGCGCCUGCUGGAUCAAGCCUGAAGGAUAGUCGCUGUGGACAGACGGAUGAUUCAAGGAGAAGACAAGGCACCAAUCUCAACAUACUAGCUGCUAUAUUUGCACUGCUGGUUGCUCUUUUAGUUGGAUUUAUAUUCACUUUCCCUGCCAGAUGGAACUCCUAACUUAACUAUGGCACGCCAAGGAUGUGCCUUGUGUUUCAAUGGAUUGAAUGGAGAUGGCAUGUUUCUGUA